CAAGAAGCUUGGCUGCUGAGAGAAGAAAAGCUGGAGGAAAGGAAUAGCCGCAGUGAAGAAAAGCUUUCACCACGCAAUAUGAAUAUUGGAUUUCUGGGACUGGGCGUGAUGGGUACCCCCAUGGCGCUCAAUCUAUGCCGCAAAUUUCCUACGACGGUUUGGAACAGAACGGUCUCCAAAUGCGCGGUAUUAGCACAAGCAGGUGCUACGCUAGGUCACACUCCAGCCAACGUGGUCGAGCAAUCCGAUAUUAUUUUCAUGAUGAUGUUUAACGGGCCUGCCCUACGAUCCGUAAUCGACGAUGACUUCAAAAGGGCGCUUAGGGGAAAGACACUCGUCAACACCAGCUCAGUGUCCGCGGAAUUCAGCCACAGCCUAGCAGAAGAGAUCCGCGAAGCAGGAGGGAAAUUUAUCGAGAUGCCUGUCAGCGGAAGCAAAGUUCCUGCUGAACAAGGCACCUUGGUGGGAAUGAUGGCGGGCGACCAGAUCGAGUGCGAGCGCAUCCGGCCUUUCGUGGAGCCGAUAACCAGCGCAGCUAUCUAUUGUGGGCCUAUCGGCUCAGGUUUGAAGACCAAGUACGCGGUCAACAUCUUUCUCAUCACCGUUACGGCUGGCCUUGCAGAGUCAAUGAAUCUAGCCAGGGCACAGGGCCUUGAUCUUCAAGCGUUUAGCAGUGUGCUGGAUGCGGGCCCUAUGGCUUCCGCCUAUUCCAAGAUAAAGCUGGCCAAAAUGGCCAGGCAAGACUGGUCCGCCCAGGCGGCUGUGAAGGAUUGCUACAACCUCACUGAACUUAUCCAAGAUGCAGCAAAGGCUGCGGAGGCAAAAACCCCUCUUAUGGAAGUGUGCAACUCUCUAUAUCGACAGGCAAUGGAGUCUGGGUUCCAAGAUGAGGAUAUGAUGGCUGUUUAUAAAGUAUUUUCAGGCAAUAAGAACAGCGAUUUGUAAGGGUUAUUGUGUUGAACUGGGACGCUGGUGAGGAUUAGGGCAGUGCUUCACAAUCGGGCAGGUUAAAUGCGGUAUUUCCAAGCUAGCAAUGCUACUAAUGAGGGAAACGGAGAGCUACCACAACUACCGUCAGGCUCAGGACAUGCUCUCUACCACGAGGCCCUCACAGAAUGCUACUUGAGGUACAAAUGGCGGUAAAUUACAUGUACUCUUCCGUAGUCCAGUAGCACCCUUUAUCGUCACCGAGGGGGAGAAUUUUGCAAGUUAUUUUAGCUGCUUAAUUUUUCUUGGAACAGAAAACAAAUCAAAAGCCUGCUUUUUGCCAUGUUUCUGCC